UGAGCGAUUAUUUACAUGUCUCCGGUGAAAAGUGAUGGACGUUUGACUGCUGCUCGUUGCUAAUCGAAGGGUGGAAAUUGGAAAACUGGCUGGAGGGUGGUUUGUGCUUGUGGAAAAUUGAUCUGAUCAAUUCGAAGAAAAGCGGGGCAUAAUUCUUGGACUGUUUCGGUUUUGGAGUGUUUAUGAACUCUAUAUUCCGUGAAGAAUAAGUUAAGAUUUAAAAACAGUGCAACGGAUUAUCGUGUUAUCGUGCGUUCGCUGAUAAUUGGCGUAGAUACAGAAGGAGGAGCGAAAAAGAUUGCAAAAUGAAGUGCUUAUUACUGCUUACACUUUGUCUAUCGUGCGUCAUACUUCGGACCAAUGCCAGCCCUCUCAAGUACAACAAACCCAAAGCCGUGAUUGCGAGCCGAGCCGACUACGUGAAUCCAGAAACUGAAACCGCCGAAGCAUCCAAAGACCAGCAGAAGCCAACCUAUCAGGCCCCGCUGGUGCCCAAGGAACAGGAUGAGUUCGAGCGGAUGAUGGAUUUCUUUACCGUUGGGGAGAUCGCUGUACCUAGCGAAUCAACUGCUACUUCCCAACAAAACACCUACGAUUCCUACAGCCCACGUCAGGACGAUCUUACGGAACCCCUACUUCCACCACCCCAGGAGCAGAAGGAACCCAACUACUACGUCGUGAAGCCCAAGAAGUCCAAGUCCAAGAAGUACAUUCCCAACCAGAAGCUGAUCAACAUCAAGAACCCGGAGAACGUGGAAAAGAUUGAAAACGAAAAAUCGAAACAGAACAGUUUCCAGCAUGGAGGCGAAAUCGACGAGGAAUAUUUUCUAGAUGGUCUGGAUCUGGACCGGCUGAUGUCCUCAGCCUGGUUAUCGGAAGCAGAUGGUGAUGCCGAAGCCACCGGAAGAGCCAGGAGCCUGAAGGAAACCCAGCUGAACAUGGGCGAGUUCAUACCGAGUCAGCAACGGCGAGUCGAUGAGAACACUCGACGAUUGCCGUCGGAACACGAAGGUGCCAGAGUUGAUUACCAGUUACAUGGUCACAAGGGUCCAGACAGCUAUGCCUUUGGUUAUGACACUGGUAGAGGGAAGAAUCGCCAGUUUCACGUAGAAGAGCGUGAUGAUCACGGAAACGUGAAAGGUCGCUAUGGAUACUUUACUAGGAGUGGUAAGUUCCGAAUUGUGAAAUAUACGUCGUCACCCGAGAAUGGCUUUCGGAUCGAGAGCUGAGAGUGUGCAACCCAUCUAGUUAUUUAUUGUUAUUGUACAAAUAUACUUUUAAAUAAAUUCCAACUUCACCCAAACCAAA